GUUACAUUAUUUCCAAAAAAUGAAGUUAUUGAUUACCGUAGUCGCUCUGGCCGCUGUGGCCUCAUGCGCCGAAAUUGCUUCUCCUGAGGAGAGCCCGGUGUACGACUACCACAGGAGAUUUGGUAUUGCUAAAGCUUCAAGGAUUAGACUUUUAGAGGAAGAGGCAGCCAAAGAUGUCAGCAAUUCAAGAAUCGUUGGAGGUUCCGUGUCUGACAUUUCUCAAACUCCUUACCAGGUUGGUCUCGUGAUAACAGUUUUGUUUAUCUUGCAAACCGUCUGCGGCGGUUCUCUCAUUUCCUCCACCCGUGUGGUGACGGCGGCUCACUGCAACCAUGACGGAGUUAUCACAGCGCAGUCCUUUACCGCGGUCUUCGGCUCCAACUUCAUCUUUAGCGGUGGCACUCGCAUCCGCACCACCAAUGUGGUGAUGCACCCGCAAUGGAACCCAAGAACUGUUAAUAACGACAUCGCAAUUAUUCGAAUCAGCCCUGUUACCUUCAGCAAUGUGAUCCAACCUAUUUCCUUGCCGAGUGGUGGCGAGCUCAACAAUAACUUCGUUGGCUGGAACGCGCUCGCGUCUGGCUUUGGCCUCACCAGAGAUGGUGGCAACAUUCCGUCAAACCAACGCCUCAGCUCUGUAACCCUGCCUGUGAUCAGCAAUAGUGAUUGUGCCGAUGUGUACGGCCCGUUCGUCCGCGACACCAACAUCUGCACCAGCGGCGAAGGAGGCAGAGGCACCUGCCAAGGCGACUCUGGCGGUCCCCUGGCUCCACUCAGCGGGGGAAGAAGAAUUUUGAUCGGUGUAACUUCAUAUGGAGCGGAGGCUGGUUGCCAAGUCGGUUUACCUGCAGCAUACGCCAGAGUCACCUCUUACAUCUCCUGGAUUCUCUCGAUAUAAGAUUCUAACCAAAGAUGUUACUAAAUACGCUAAAAAAAUAAAUUAUUCAUCUCAUAA